AUUCGACCCAUCGCAUCUCGAAAUCAUGGUGUCCAUGUCUCCAGUGAACUACGCUGGACUGGCUUUAUACUUCGUGGUCUUAGGCGUUUCAAUGGUUGCUUCCUACUACAUGCAGAGAUCUCCCAUGCGGCGGGCCGCAUCGUGGCUUCUGAUUGCCAUCACCUGGUUCUACAUCUUGCGGUUUACGAUCACCUACCCGCAGACUUCGUGGUAUCAAGAAGGUCUAAACCUCUUCGACGUGGCCUAUGCCGAUGUCAUCUGGGGUGGCGCCAACGGCAACUGGGGCUACACCCAGCAGCUGCUGUGCUGGGCCAUCGUCGCGACGGUGUGGACCCUGGAGGCGCCCAUCUGCUACCAGCUUUUUGGGCUCUUCGGGGCCAUGUCCGGCAGCUUUUGCCUGAUAGACGUGGAACGCAAACCUGUCGAGGAGGUGCAUCUCUCGCUGCUGCUGGCCUGUUUGCUGGCCUUUGGAUGCGUAUGGAUGUUGCCAAUGAGCCAAAACUAUCGGGAAAUGAGCUGGUGGCUCUGGUUAUUGCAUGCUUGCCUGAUUCUUCCCAAGUGCCUGCAGCUGGGGCGAAAGAUCCCUCGCGGCGUGGUCUAUUUGGUGCUGGCUGCACUGAGUUUUCUGACACAUCGAUUUUCCACACGACCCAGACAUUGGCCAUCCACGGAUUGUCAGAUUUCCAUCACGGUGGAUGUCGCUGCGAGUUCCCUCCUGACCCUGCGCUUCAUCUACAUUCGCCUGGGCGCUGCGCCGGACGCGGCUGCUGCGCUGGGCGCUGCGCUGGGCGCGCUGCUGACGUUUCUGGCAUCGCCGGGGGCGGUGCUGGGGCUCUUCUGUGGUUUCCAUGAUCACCGCCUUCGCUCCUGGCUGGUCACCUCUCUGCAGCGCUUCCUUGCGGGCCGAGCAGGUGCCGCAGGAGCGACAAAUUUAGGCUACUGGAAAGCCGCCGCUUCCUACGACGAAGCCUGCAAAGACCUGGCAGAGUUAGUGGGAAGCGAGGCGACGUUGAACGUCAACGAUGCGGUCCUUUGCGUAGGCUGCGGCUUCAGCGCGGAGCUCGCCUUCUUCCGCCAGCGCUUCGGUCCGCGGCGCGUCGCGGGGCUGGACGCGGCGGCGUCGGGUGACGAUGUACGGCGGGGCACGGUGGAGACGAUGGCCACGGGAGCCCAGCACUUCCGCUUCAACGAGUUCACGAAGGUUCUGGCCGUGGAUUGUGCAUAUCAUUUCGAAAGGGUGAAAUUCUUCCAGGAGGCGAAGAAGGUGGCGCGCGAAACGCUGACCCUGACGGAUGUCGUCCUCCGCAACAAAGACGCGCCUGUGUGGCUGCGGAUGGCACUGUGUGCCAUGGAUAUCCCGUGGAGCAACCACUGGACGGAGCAGGAGUAUCGGAGCAAGCUGCACCAGGCUGGCUUCUCCAUUGUGUCGUGGCGGUCCCUGGAACCUCACGUCUUGGCGUCCGAGCGAUGGCCGGGGACGGGUCUGUUGGCACCGCAUUUGGACUACGUCUUGAUCCACGCUGAGGUGAGGAAGUCGGAUCGGCCCAGCGCUGCGGUCAUCGGAUCUGGGAUGAGCGGACUCAUCGCGGCGCAUCUUUUGGAGGAGACCCAUGAGGUAGUUAUUUACGAGGCAGGGCCAAAGUGCGGCUUGGUGGGACUCCAAGAACAGCUAGCACCCAGCCUGGCUGUGGACGUGCCACUGAGAUUUAUGAUGCCUCAUUACUAUCGAAACCUGUUGGAGGUCAUUCGGGAUCUCCACAUCCCCACGAAGGCGGUUCCAUACAAUGCCUCCUAUCAGUCGGGUGACGAGAUGUUGCUGGUGACCUCCACUGGAUGGUUGGGCCACAUUCUGCAACACCUAAAGUAUGUGCCCUACCUGGCGCGGCUGAUGUUCACAGUCUUCUUCCGGGAGGAGCUGCCGGGCGAGAGCUUCCUGGAGUACAUGCAGCGGUUUCAGUUGCAUCGACAUGAGGCAUAUCGCAUCUAUAGCUUGCAUUUGAGCUGGAUGCUAUCGUGUACAUAUGACCAAGCGAACGCAACCCCGGCGGGGGUGGUAUUGGGCUUCAUCCGCGCCAGUAAUCCCUUCGUGCGGAUGUACCAGGCAAGCGGAAACAUCCUCAGGAUCUAUCCCACCAUGAAGGCCUUGCAAGACCGCUUGCUGACUGGGAAAGUGAUUCGCGUGAACUCCCCUGUGACCUCCUUCUACGACGAGUCGGCUCGCCGCAGCCGCUGCAUCGAUGGGACCUGCUACGAUGUGGUGCUGGUGGCCACGGAUGCGCCGGCCGCGGGAUAUUUGUUGGGAGGUGAGUGGCAGUCAAGGCUGUCGAAGAUCCACUACCAAAAGGGUCGAAUCAUCGUCCACAAGGACCCAAGGUUGAUGCCUGCAAGGAAGGAAGACUGGCGCACCUUCAAUAUCAGGGAGGAUGGGCCAAAGGGCACCUGUCAAAUCACCGUGUGGCUCAACAAGUUCUGGGGCCGCGAGGAUCUGACGGAAGAUCUGUUCGAAACCUGGAAUCCAUCGGAGGAGUGCAAAGCGGAACUGAAGGUGAAAGAUGUGGAAUUGGCCCGGGCGACCUAUACCAAAGAGAUGCACCAAUUGUGGUCCUGGAUUGAGGAAAAACAAGGAGAGGAUGGUUUCUAUGUGGCUGGUGCUUAUGCGUUGGAGGGUAUGAGCCUGUUGGAACAGGCUUGCAUCUCAGCGCAGCGUGCCGUGGCCGCCGUGCACCGCGACGCUGAACGUGGCUCCGAGCUGAGCGACGAGCAUCCGAGCGGCCAAAGGAAGAAGGAAAACUGAGCAAAUGGUGACAAAGCUUGUGAUCCAGUUGCUUCUGUGGGCGGUACUGGAGGACAAAGAGCCUAUGAUCUCAAGAUGGAGGAUGCUUCAACCAACAUCUGGCGGUCAAACUUGAGACCUG